ACUACCACCGCACAUGACAACUAACGUUGACGACUUUUGACACUUUUUGAAUAUUAUUUUUUGAUCGCGCUACGUUUGCUUAAUUAAUGCGAUCUGCGGUCAAAAUUAACAUAAAAAAGUGGAAAUGAAUUUGACUGAUAUGUGUAUUUAGAAGUGCCUGUUAGUGUAAUAUUAGGAGUGUGGAAAAGGACGUCAAACAGCGUGAAAUAAACGAAAUGCUACAAGAAACAAUGAGAUGAGCAGCAGAAAGUUUCAAUUCAACGAUGAAAUAAUUUUAUAUUCUGACGAUGAGGAUGGCGAUUAUUUGGACAGUAACGAGAACAAUAGACUUAUUGGGUCGAACGACGGAUGGCACCAUAAAAACCGAAGAAAAGAAAAGAAAUACUGCAAUCCGUGUCCAACACUUGGAAUUGUUUUGAUGUGUAUUUUGGUGUCGUUGUACAUUUUCUUGUACAAUGUGUAUACCAGCAAUUCACCAUCUAGAGCGCUUUCAAUAAGUGGUUGGGAUCGAAAUACCACACGAGACACAGCCAGUUAUGUUUUCCCGGACAAUAACACAACAAUAAUAGAACCGUUCAAUGUUUGCAACGACAAACUCUUUCUAUUGGUGAUCGUGUGUUCGUCUGCUGUCAACCACGAAACACGACAAACCAUACGUGAGACAUGGGGUAAUGUAACUGAAUUUAAUUACUCAUUUUUCGCCAAAAUGCAUACUCGUUUCAACGGAACGUAUUUGGGCAUCAAAUACAAAGACUGGCACAACUACAGCACAUCAUCGUCACAAUUGGACCCUAGUCAUCACAAUUUUUCGGUAAAGGUUUUGUUUUUAUUGGGCCAGACACCUAACAAUGAGACUCAAGCGAAAAUAAACACCGAAAGCGAUGUAUACGGCGAUGUGAUACAGGAAAGUUUCCUUGAUACGUACAACAAUUUAACACUCAAAACGGUUAUGAUGCUGAAAUGGGUGAACCGAAACUGUCUAAAGAAUACUAAAUUCCUAAUGAAAUGUGACGACGACACUUUCGUAAAUAUUCCAAAUCUUCUGCAUGUUUUACUCGGCGGAACAGUUCCAGUUUACAAUGCAACGAUACAAGAGUACGAUCAGCAUAGUAUCCAAGCGAAAUUGGGGGCAAAUCGAUUAAAUCAAUACAAAGAACUACUGCUGGGCCUUCGGUUCUGCAAUUCGAAACCAAUUGCCAACAUCAGCAGCAAAUGGUAUACGCCCAUGUACAUGUAUAGUGGUAACAUAUAUCCGGCAUAUUUAUCUGGCACCGGCUAUGUUAUGUCCAUGGAUGUUGUGGAGAAACUGUACAAAACGUCACUGUCAACGCAGCUGUUUCAUUUGGAAGAUGUUUACUUGACUGGUAUCUGUGCGGAAUCGGCAAAAAUAGCGCCACGAAAUCAUCAACUGUUCAGCUACCAGUCCUACAAGAACAUUUGUGAACUGAAAGGUAUGAUAACAAAACAUGAAUUUACCGCUAACGAUAUUCGGAAAGCUUACGAAUUCGUAACGAAUACAAAAGCCUUUUGCCCGAAACCGGAUAAGUACUUCCGCGUCCGACGUGCGAAGAAAAAUAGCAGAGGUUGCAAAUGAACCGUAUUUGUCCCUAACUAGUUACCUCACAUCAUGUGUGGAAAAUUCACUAAAUUUAUAUUAUUUAACGAUCAGUGUUUGUGUCGUUACCUUUAUGUCUGCUAAAACUCAGCAUAAUUUUUAGUUAAUAAGACUUUGUGUUACGUGUAGCUGCACUGCUUUGAGUUGAGUGGAAAUUGUUGGAAAACACAUUUUCCCUCGCCUUAUUACUAGAACUGUUAUGACGGCUAUUCUGAGUCAGCUUUCAACAAAAUGUCCUGAUCUGAAUUCCUAUGGUAGUUGCUUGAAAAUAUUUAGUUUUGACAAAAUCAAGGAAAUUGAAUCCAAUCUGUUACCACUACGUCCUGGUAUGACGAAAGAAAUGGUAACAUUUCUGGAUAAUUAGGUAAAUUUAUUGCUAGCUCGUUAUAAUCAUUGUGAUGAUGAUUUCUUCAGUGCACACUUUAGUUUUACUGUUGCCUGAUCAUAGUUUGUAAUAGCUGAAUGAAAUCGUCGAAACUAACAUUGAGUCUAAGGAAACAUACUAGUUUUAGUGUCUUAGUUGAUAGAACCAAUUGUCUUCCCCUCAGACCAACUAUCAUCCUUUGUAUUUUAAAAAAAAAUCUUUUAAUGUGAACGGAAUGGAAGACGAGUCGAAUCUCGAUAUUCCAAAGUUUUCACCAUAUCAAGUACGUGUACUUGACGUGAAUUGUGAACAAUCUCUUUAUGUUAUGAGGCCUAACAUUUCACGACAACUCCGCAAAUCGUUCUCAUAUAUUAGGCCUUCCUUAUAGUCGUGGUCUGGAUGCCUAGAGUAAUUGUAAUCAAUUUGUUACAUUUAAGCAGUUUAGUCAUAGUCAACUUACGAGUCCUUAUUUAAAAGUGUAUUAUCAAUCCUUCUGUAAUUGAACAUUUUUUUUCCUGCAUUUCUCACUUUCAAAAUACAAAAAAUUCCGAUCCAAAAAGACGUGAUAUUUUUUCUUAAGUUUUAAUCGGCCAUAUAUCUAAUGUUCACCAAAUGGGGGAAAAAAUGAAAAGAAAUAUUUUUUAAAUUAAUUUCAAUAUCAAAAUUGUGCACCAAUUUUUGUCUGUAGUUAGAUCUUUAUGCCAAUUUCUUAGAAUGUAUUUUUCAUUCAAUGAAAAGCAUUUAAAAAUAAAAAAAAAAUAAUUUUAGAAUUGAAAGACGUAGAUGUGCCUUGAUAGAAUUAAGUUUUUAUUUACGAAAACUUUGCCAAAAAAAAUACAUUUGAAAAUUUAAAGAAUAAAAAUUAAAAAGAUGAAACCUAAAAUGCUUUGAAUAUAUUCGUUUGUCAUUUACAUUAAUCAUGCAGUGUAUGUCACCUCUAGAGUAUAACCAUACGCUUACAACAGAUGUCUCUCUCCACACUUUCUUAAUUUGUUCAUAAUUGAAUUAGCGAAUGUACUAUUUCAGUCACAUUAGCCGGACAGAUCUAAGUACCUUAAGACAAUUUUCGUAUCUCUGACCGAUUCCGAAAAAAAUUCUCAGACGCGGAGGCCGCUGACCAAUUUUUCUUUCGAGAAAUUUUUUUCGUUUUCUAGAGUUGAGUGUCAUUACAAAAAUGCAAUCGUUAAGGGGUUGCUGACAAUUUUUGAUAAAUAUCCUUCGCUGUCAAGAUAUGAAAUGAGAAUCAUCUGCUAUUGGUUCUAAUAUUAUUAUCGAACCCCUUCUCAUGUCUACGGUUAAAAAAGGAUUUUUAAGUUUACAUUGAACAAUUGAUCGAAAAGGUAAGGUCAGCUCUUGUCUCUAAAAAUGAUAAGUUUAGGCUGAGUAGUUGAACUCAUAAAAAAAUUCUUGAAAAAUAUAAAACUUCGUGUUUCAUACACGCUCCAUUAUAAAAGUAACUUUCGGUUUUCAAAUUAUGCGAUUUUUCGGUAACACUUUAUGCACGAGCUUUGAAUAAAUGACAAAAAGAGUGGUGAAGUAUUUGUAAAAAUUAAGAAAAAUUAGUGUUUAUCCAUUGAAUAAAUUUAAAAAUCAAUUAACAAAAUAAACGAAAUAACAUAACACUACAAUGUCAUACAUACUCAUAACUUGUUAAAACCAAAUGCCACCGCUACAAUAAAAUACUCCAGCAAAUUAUUGAAAAAAAAAAUUAUUUUCCUCAAAUUAUAAAUUUUUAACAAACUUAAACUACGAAAUGCUUGGGUUGAGAUAUAAAUUAUAUUUAGAAAUUAAUUAUUGUGACUAAAACACCGAAAAUUAACUUAAUAUAAUUUGUGAUUCUAGUGAAUAAGGAUCGAGUGAUAAGAAGGGAAAAAAAUUGUUUGAAGACCGUAAAAUAUAUACGAUUGUGAUUAUG